AUGGGAUCGGGAUUUAGUUCCGUGUGCUCCAGCAACAGGUCUGUGGUUAUAGCUAAUAGUGUUCGCAAAGUUAAAGAUCGUGGUAGUGUACCAUCAUUACGGCCACCAUCAGAUCACCUUCGCCCAAGUGUCCCAGGCAAACUUCGACCUUGUAUUUCAAGGGAUUCCGGCAUCGUAGAAAACGAAAUACCACAUGGACAGAGUACGGACUGUUCAAGAUCUGGCAGCGAUUUAAACAUUCAAGAAGACGCCGGAGAAUCGAGUGAUUCUGACGAGACUGUUUACUCUGAAAAGGAUUCCACGCAUAAAUCUAGACCGCAUUCAUGUCGCCUGGGUGAUCGUCGACGAAAACCACAAAGUUUAAAGGAUAAUGACCAAUCUUUUGUUGCAGAGGACAGACUUGUUCAGUAUUUACGAGCAACUCGUAGUUUAGGCACAGAAGGUGACUUUGAUGAAAAUGUUCCUAGUAGUAGAGUUGAAGACAAUGAAAGCGAUGAUGCUGACGAUGAUGAUGAUGAUCAUGACGACGACAACGAUAGCUUUUACGGAAAUUGCAACCAUAACAGAAAAAAUCAUAGUAGAAAUUCUCAUAAACGAAAGGGUUCCUCUAGGUUAAGAAGUGGUAGGAGUGUAGGUAAGCGGAGCAGCAAUACAACAGGAAGUUACAUAGAUAGUGAUUUAGAUUCAGAAAAUUAUAGUGAUUCGGAUAUUUGGACAAUUCCGGACGAAACAGGAAUGCCAAGUAAAAAAUCUGAUGACAGGAAUAGAAAAGGAUGGGUCACCAAUGAGGACCGGAAGUCGUUUGAUAACUAUUCCUCUUCCGGUUCAAUGACACCGACUCCAAGAUCCAGUCAAAGUCAAACGCUUGAUUACUACAGAAUAGUAAGUGACAGUUACAAGCGUUAUGGUGCAAAUCUUCACAAGAAAGCCAGCGAACGCUCCAUAUCCAGUAUAAUACUAAUGCCGAUUGCUGACUUGCGUUCUCCCACUAACAUGGAAUGGUAUCAUGAGCCAUCUAACAGCUUGCCAACCCACCUCCAAAGGAGAAUGGAUGACCUCGUUGAAGCGUUUUUGGAUGCCUUACAAGAUCGCCAUGAACAAGGAGAGCUGAGUCAGGCCGAAUACGAGAUUAUCAUGAGAAAUCUGCGUCAUCAGCUUGUCGAUUUCGUGUUUACCUGUAUAUCUAACGAUAUAACCCCACGCGUAGAAAUCCAGGCCAAUACGCAGUCAUUGUUUUCCGAUUCGGAUGCGAGUGGUAACCGCCCGUGGACGGUAGAGAUACAACUGAAGCCGUCUGACGAAGAGAUACUCCAAACAUCCGAAAAACAACUCGCUCGAAAACUGGUACAAAAGGGAUCUCAAAUCACCCGUGACGAUAUAUCUAUUUUACUUGGUGAUCACUUGAGGACCAUAGAACAGUUACAGCACGUGCGGGAUUCUGGUCGUCUGCAACAAGCUGAUGGUGUAGAAGACAAGCACCGUCUAUCGUCAGCACCGUCUCCUAGAAAAGGUUCUGCCAACAUGAGUUCGAAAAGGAAGAAAGUUCCUAGCAGUGCUCCAAACAAGUCGAGUAGAUCAGAGAAGGGACGAGUUAGUAGUAAUAGUAACGUCCUCACAAACUGCCUCCGUCCUCAAGCCAAGGACGACGACCUCCCGGGCAGGGUUCAGGUUUGCACGGUCAGUGGGGGAUUCAGCAAUGAGGAGGACAGUGAUAGUACGAUCGAAAACCUCUCUGAUUCUGAGAUCAAACGAUCCUUCAGGAAAAGUGCGUCUCUGGAUGAAAAAAGAUUCCGUCAAAACAAACAUUUGGAAAGCGCAUUUGACGAGAACGAGCUGUCCCAGAGAGUAAGUGGACAGAUAUGGGAUAAGUGGAGGACUCUGCCCGACGAGGAUUUCAGCCUCCUUAUAUCGGAGAGUAGAGAUCGCUUUAUUCAGACUUAUGGCCAGUACUUAGAAGAGCCAUCCAAGGUACAAGCCCAGAAGAACUUGUCGACAAAGCCACCUUUACACCCAGUCAAGUCCGCCUCUUCUGCCUCUCCAGCCAAUCCAAGGUCAUCCGACUCAAGGUCACCCGAAGGAUGUAUCGAUAUAGCCAAUGAACUGAGGCUUCUUGACAAGACUUUCAUACAGAACGUUCAAGAGCGAUUAACUAAAGAUGCAAUAUCAAGGGAAUCCCUGGAAGCACUAGUCUUGGAACACAUGAGGAAAACGUCCGUUAUCCGAGUUCAGGCCAUAACAGUAGGCCCCGCCCCACUUACUCGGACCAGGAGUCUCAACGAUGCCGUGGAAGGAUACAGGAGCCAAAACUCAUCAGCCGGAAGUACCCUCAGCCGGAGGAGUGAACCAGACUUCCGAAAGUACACAGUGUCUUCACCAGAGUAUGAAGACCUGUGGGGCUCCAACGAUAAACUCAACAACAAUCGAGUGAGUUCCGCACGUAGAAAUGCACCACGUGCAGUGACCUCGAGACGGCGGUCGGGACAGACUCAGGUUCAUGGUUUAUCUCAUAUGGAACCUCUGUCUGAGGGUGUGGAAGAAAACACCAUGCCAAAGGUCGAGGAGAUCGAGGGUAAGUUCAGCGUGAAGAGUCGGCCGGACAGUGGCAUAGCUGUGAGUAUGUCGUCAGGAAGUUACUCAAGUUACUCAAGUUCGGAAGUCGCAAAAGAGACGGACGAUAUCGAUGAAGCUUGCAUCACUGAGUCUUCCGAAAUGAGAGACAGACUUGGAAAGGUAAAUGCUGACUUACAUAACGAUAUGAAGAGUUUGGCUGCUGCUAUAACGAAGGGUCUGACGUCACAACAGCACAAGGCGCAUGCUUUAUACUACUGGUUGACCAACCUGGGAAUCGCCAAAUAUGCUAGAUCUAGCAAAGGAAAGAAUACGCCUUCUGGAAAACUAAAACAGCUUGUGGACAAGAAAAUAACAUAUGCCCAGCUGUAUACUGAUCUUUGCAAAGCGACUGGGGUUAAGUGUGAAAAGAUAGAUGGUUAUGUAAAGAACAAAGAUUUCUUGCCCGGAAACACAGUACAAACUUCCAAGUGCCAGCAUACCUGGAACGCAAUUAACAUUGACGGUCAGUACAGGUUUGUUGAUCCAGCUUAUGGAUCACGAAAAGAAAAAUUCUUCAUGGACCACUAUUUUCUAACAUCACCAGAUGAGUUCGUCCUAUCACACUUUCCAAAAGACAAGAAAUGGCAUUUAAUGAACAACCCCAUAUCGCUGGAGGUAUUCGAAGAAACCGUUAAGACCUGGCCUGCAAUGUUUCACUUCAACAUCCGACCGCUGAACAUGAAGGCAGUGAUUCGAACUUACGAUGGAAAGCUAAGUAUAACUGUAUUGUUACAGAAUGUUGCAGUGAUUCCACAGCUGGACUACUCGGGACCAGGCCCCGAGAUCGAUUCGGACGCCUUGGUAGAUUGUAUUGACGAGGAAAUAAGAGACAAUGAGAAUGCGGAGACGUUCCAUAUCUCCCUGCCAAGGGAGGGGAACUACUAUUUCACGCUUCUUGGUCACGUGCUGGAGGACGAGGUAGACGUUCCCGUGUUUCAGUAUAGAAUCGAAUACACAGACGAAUUGUUAUGA